CUACACGGUUAGUACCGAGAAUACGUUGGAUCGUUGUUAGAGUGUUGCGCUCGACGUUGGUAAUAAAAUAUAAGUAAUAGAGUAAUAUUUUAAAAACAAAAUAAAUAAAAAUCGAGAUCUCGCGCGUGAUUGUGCGUGACCACGUUGUUUUUUGAGUGUCUAAAUACCUAUGUUUACUACGUUUUAAGUUUGUUGAUGCUAAAUUCAAAAUCAAAUACUAAAAUAACUAAAAUGGCCGAGUUAUAAUGCAAUCGUCAUUCUUUUUGUGUGCGGUGUAUGUGUAAAUAAGAAGAUAAUACGAAUUCGUCAAAAUUACGAAUGCAUAUACGUGCAUUCCAAAUUCUUAGAAUAAGUAAAGACGACGAUCCGUAGCCGGUCAGUGGUCGUAUCACCCCCGCGGCAGUUCACUCAUCACGCUGCUGUUACUGUAUACGCCGAGCAAAUUAAGAUAUGACGGUAGAGGCACCUUACGGUGUAUAACGCCGACUGCGACAUCGCAGGGGCCCGCGCUGCAGCAUCAUGUACCGGUCGAACUUUUACGAGAGCGCGUGCCUGCGAUGCUACCAGACGGUGUACCAGGUGGACCGGGUGGGCCCGCUCAAAGACUUCACUUUCUUCCACAGCGGGUGUUUCAAGUGCGUCGUGUGCGGCACGAAGCUGACGCUGAAGACGUACUACAACAACCAGCACCGGCAGGAGGACAAGGAGGUGUACUGCUCGAGCCACGUGCCGAAAAUCGGGCCGGGCCACCUGGACGGCACGUCGGUGGGCAUCAGGAGCGCGCUGAACGUGCCCAAGUCGACGACGUACGUCAACGACCAAAUACGCGGCAGCGGUAAGGGCACGUUCGACGCCGAGGCGCUCAACAUCAAGCAGCACCUCAACGGUUCGACGCCCAACAACCGAGCGCAGUCGCCGCUACCGGCGCCGUACAUCGGAUCGUCCACCCCGGACACCGGUUACCAGUACGGCCGGUUCGACGCCUCGGCCCUGCACAUUGCGCACGCGCUCCGCGCCACCGAACUCCACAAAUCGUACCCGAACAAGAACGGCGUCCGGGAGAAACCCAUACACUGUUACCUGGAUAAAGACGAACAGACUAGGUUAGAAAUGAAACAUCGUAAAGAAGAAGACGAUUUGUACAGAAAGUUUGCGAAGCAACGAGAAGCCGAAGACAAUCGUAUUAAGGAAGAAAUAAACAACGAAUGGGAAAAAGAAUUGGAAAGGCUGACUAUACGUUUUGAAAAGGAACUUCAAACGAAAAGAAAACGGCCGGAUGAACAAAAAGUUCUCACGUUAAAGUUACAACAAGAACGAGACAAUCUUGAAAAAAAUAUGACACUAAGGAGGGACAAAAAGAAAGAAUCGCUAACCAAAAAACUCUUAGAACACGAGAGAGCUGCCACUGCGGCUCUAGUAGAGAAACAGAGCAGCGAAAUGUUGGAACUGAUAAACGAGAAGCGCAGCGAGUACAUGAUGGCCGAAUCGCUGUACUUGGACGACUCAACGAUACCAGAUGAGACGGCUGAGGUGCUCAAUGACAACGUACAACCGUACCCGGGCAAAGCGCCGCUACCGCCAUCGCCGCAUGGCGUGGCCCAAGCAAAGUUUCAGCUGUACUCAGACCCGUUGGAGUUUGCACACAUCGACCAGAUUGCCAUAUCGGUAGCACAAGAAGACCAAAAAACCUUUACAGAUUUAGUAAGAAUGUUGGUGGGAAAAUGUGGUUCAGAUAUAGAAAAAGCCAGGACCAUUUUCCGGUGGAUUACUGUCAAAAACUUGAAUACAAUGAAUUUUGAUGACAAUCUGAGGGGUGACACGCCAAUGGGUCUACUCAGAGGCAUUAAACACGGAACGGAAAGUUACCAUGUAUUAUUCAAACGAUUAUGCAGUUAUGCUGGUUUACACUGCGUCGUUAUCAAAGGAUACUCGAAGUCGGCCGGCUACCAGCCUGGUGUUCAUUUCGAGGAUAGUCGAUUCCGAAACUCAUGGAACGCUGUCUAUGUUGCCGGUGCAUGGCGGUUUGUGCAAUGCAAUUGGGGUGCACGGCAUCUAGUCAACGCCAAAGAAGUACCCAAAGUCGGAGCCAAAGGGAAAUCUGACAGUCUCAGAUAUGAAUACGACGACCAUUACUUCCUAACGGAUCCUCGAGAGUUUAUUUAUGAGUUUUUCCCACUUCAACCCGAAUGGCAGUUACUCAAAAAUCCUAUUACUCAACGAGAUUUUGAGGAUUUACCAUUCGUCAGAUCUCUGUUCUUUAGAUACGGCCUUUACUUCCCAGACUCAAACACGAAAGCUGUCAUGUACACGGAUGCAACAGGAGCCGCCACAGUGAGAAUAGCAAUACCGACCAACAUGCAAUCCAACCUGAUAUUCCACUACAAUUUAAAAUUCUAUGAAAGCGAAGGGGACACGUAUGAUGGAGUGAGCUUGAAGCGUUUUGUCAUGCAGUCUGUCUUGGGCAAUAUCGUGUCAUUCCGCGUCCACGCUCCCAACAGCGGUGCGUUUCUGUUGGAUAUAUUCGCUAAUUCAGUGACACCCAAGGAGUAUCUGACUGGAGAGCCGAUGAAGUUUAAGAGCGUGUGCAAGUUCAAAAUCAUAUGUGAAGAAUUGCAAACCGUUAUGGUGCCGUUGCCGGAUUGCGCUAGCGGUGAAUGGGGUCCUACAAAAGCCACUCGUCUCUUUGGACUCAUUCCCAUAUCACAUCAGGACCCAUUAGUGUUCGCUGGCCGGGAGUUGGAAAUACAGUUCCGAAUGUCUAAGCCACUAACGGAUUUCAUGGCCACGUUGCACAAAAACGGCGUGGAGGAGAAACGGCUGUCCAAAUAUAUAUCGCACACAAUCGUGGACGAUUUUAUUACAUUCCUGAUUGGAUUUCCAGAAGAGGGCCAAUACGGUCUGGACGUGUACACGCGCGAAAUAGCGUCGCACAAGUCGGACGAGAACGGCCACCACAACCAUCACCAGCACCAGAACCGGCUUGCCAACGGCAAUGGCAUUCACGGUGAAAAACACCUGCUCACCCAUUGUUGCAAAUACUUAAUUAACAGUUCGAAACGAAAUUAAUAUUACAUUGAUAACAAAUUUUAUAUUAUAUUAUCAUCGUUUCUAUACAUAAUCAUUUAUGGAUAAUGUAUUUUAGUACAAUAUUUUUGUAGGUAUAUAUAUAAUAUAAUAUAUAUGAUACUGUUUGAUAUACAUAAUUGUAUAUAUAUAGUACAUAUUAUAUGAUAUAUAUAAUAUAAAUAUGUAUAUAUUUUUAACGCUGGACAAGAAAAAAUAACGUAACAUAAUAAAUUAUUAUAUUAUUAUUAACAAUAUAUGCGACUCUGGCCAAUUAUCUAUAUAAUGUAUUAAUAUCAAAUACUGAGUAUAAGUAUUAAGUAUAUAUGACAUAUGUAUAUAUAUUUACUGUAAAAUAAUAAUAGUUGUAAAACAAAAAGUACCACGUACACGUAUGUGAGAAUUUUUCUACACAAUGUAUACCUAUUACACACAUUUGAGAAAAUUUAUGACUGAGAUUGACCUGUCCCCUCACCGUUGAGCGUAUAAAAGAAAUUGAAGGGCUCAUUAAAAAACUAGGCAAAUCCACGUCUUAUUCACGGAAUAAACAAAGUAAAAAAAAAAACAUAGCAAGUUGUUACUUACAGUAGGUGGUGAAUGUAAGUUUGCAUUGUACUCAUUGUAAUUUAUGAGCUAAAUUUAAAUUCAAUUGCAUACGAUAAACCUGACGAGUGAAGACCGCACAUUUCGUCAAUAUAUUAUACUACUAACUAUAGGACAUAGAUAAUAGGUAUUUUAUGAUACAUGCAUGUAUACAUAUUUAUAUUGUUAUUAUAGUAAUUUAUUUUACUAUUAUUAGUACAGUAUGUUGGAUUAAUUGUUGCCGAAAAAAUUGCAUUUAUUAUGAUAUAUUAAUAUUUAAUUAUUAUAAUAAAUUUAUAGUAGUAUUUAUUGUA